AUGAUGAAUAGAUUAAUAAAACGUAAUUUACGCCAUAUUAGAUUAUAUUCUGUCGAAGCUGGCGUGGCCGAGUCUGGUGAUUUAUCAUCAAGAGAAAAGGCUAUGGCUGCAGCUUUGAAGAAAGAUCAACAAGAACAAGAAAAAUUAAAACAUUUGGUUGAAUUGAAAUUUCAAAGUAGAGAUCUAAUCAGUAAAUUGAACAAAGUACCCACCGAUUUGAUCAAUUCCAGAUUGAAAAAAUUGAAUGACCAAUUAGAUACUGUGUCUCCCGAAAAGGUCAAACAAUUAGAUGACGAGUUAACUGCUUUUAUGAUUGAAAAUUUAAAAUUGCCAAACGAAGAAAUUGCCAAUCGUCCUUGGUCAAACAUCACAAACCAAAAGAAAACAAUCGAUCCUUUGAGGGAUUCAAAAAAUUCAUCAGAAGGCACUAUAAAAUCUUCUUCAUCUACUUCAUUAUUGAACAAACACCCAUACUUGAAACCAACAUCAGAUUAUAAUGCUUAUUCAACUCAAGAGCUUUAUUUAAGACAAUUGAAUCAUUCGAGACAUUCCGGUAAUUUAGGGUCUCAUGUAACAAAUGUCUAUAGACCACAGCAGGAUAUCAAAAACCCUCUCACAAUAGAUGAAUUAAGUAUCUCCAAGUUACUAGCAGCUGGAUGUCAUUUGGGACACUCGAAAUCCAAGUGGAGACCUUCUACUCAACCCUUCAUCUAUGGUGAAUAUGACGGUAUCCAUUUAAUUGAUCUAAAUGAAACUUUAACUCACUUGAAACGUAGUUUGAAAGUUAUCAAGGGAGUUGCAUCAAAGGGAGGUAAUGUUCUUUAUGUGGGAACAACCAAGAAUUCUGAACUUCAAUAUGCUUUGGAACAAGCUGCUAAGAGAUCAAAUGGUUUCUAUAUCUCCAAAAAAUGGAUUCCUGGAACUAUCACCAAUUUCACUCAAGUCAUCAAACAACCAGGUGAAAAAAGAUUGGAAAUUGAUAUGUUAGAUAACCCUACUAAUCGUCGUUUAUCCCCAUCAGAAGCAGAUGAGUUGAUUAAACCAGAUUUAAUCGUAAUCUUGAACCCAGUUGAAAACAGAAAUUGUAUAGAUGAAUGUCUCAAAGCUCGUAUCCCAACCAUUGGGUUAUGUGAUACUGAUAUGGAACCUUCAUUAAUGACUUAUCCAAUCCCUUGUAAUGACGACUCAAUCAGAGUCAGCACUUUGAUGUUAGGAUUAUUAUCGAAAGCUGCAAAUGAAGGAAUUGAAGAAAGAAUCAAUACUGUGAAGUCGUAUAAAAAGAACCAAAGAUCAUAA